GGGUCAGAUCCUGGGAUCUCAGCCACAUGUGAAGAUCUGAGUUUGUGGAGUGCAUAAAGUCAUUAGAAGUCUUCCUGGUGCUUGAGGCAUGGGUCCUGCUGUCUGGCUGGCCAUCCUGUGCUUAGGAGUGGCCGAAGCUACUCAAUCAUCUGAUCCCAGUUUGGAUUCUGAAUGGCAGGCAUGGAAGAUAAAAUAUAACAAAAACUACAGCCUGGAGGAAGAAGGACAGAAGAGAGCAGUAUGGGAGGAAAACAUGAGAGUGGUCAAACAGCAUAAUAUUGAAUAUGACCAGGGAAAGACAAACUUCACCAUGGACGUUAACACCUUUGGUGACAUGACCAGUGAGGAAUACAGGAAAAUGAUGACUGAUAUUCCAGUCCCAAAUCUUAGGAUGAAGAAAAAUAUCUACCAACCUAUUGUUGGUUAUCUCCCCAAAUUUGUGGACUGGAGAAGAAGAGGCUAUGUGACUUCUGUGAAGGAUCAGGGCAGAUGUAAUUCUUGUUGGGCUUUCUCUGCGGCUGGUGCCAUAGAAGGACAGCUGUUCAGGAAAACAGGCAGACUGGUUUCACUGAGUCCACAAAACCUAGUGGACUGUUCUAGAUCUGAAGGGAAUUACGGCUGUUUAAUGGGCAGUACAGUACGUGCCUUAAAGUAUGUGUGGAAAAAUGGAGGUCUGGAGGCUGAGUCAACAUAUCCAUAUGAAGGAAGGGAAGGACACUGCAGGUUCCUCGUUAAACGUUCUGCUGCUACAGUCACAGGCAUUUCACUUGUCUCAAGGACUGAGGAAGCCUUAAUGCAAGCUGUAGCAACUAUAGGGCCCAUCUCUGUUGGAAUUGAUGCUUCACAUGAAUCCUUCAGGUUUUAUAGGGGAGGUAUUUAUUAUGAGCCAAAUUGUAGCAGUAAUUCUAUAAACCAUUCUGUUCUGGUAGUCGGCUAUGGCUAUGAAGGAAGAGAGUCAGAUGGAAGGAAAUACUGGAUAAUAAAGAACAGUCAUGGUGAAAAAUGGGGCAUGAAUGGUUACAUGAAGCUUGCCAGAGGCUGGAACAACCACUGUGGAAUUGCUACAUAUGCUGUUUUCCCCAGUGUGUAAACUGUUUGAUGGUAACAAGGAAGGAUUGGAGUGGAGACAGCCUUUAAAGUGGAGCCCUUCACCUUUACUAUGACCAGCCACUACUACAUGGAUAGAGUACAUGAGUUACUGUAGAACAUGAUGUGACGUGAAUUCUGUUAUGUGUUUAUCCAGUAAGAUAUGAUGGCUAUUGUAACUUAAGCACUUCACAUAUUUGUAUUUGAUUCCCAUAACUUGAUUUUAUGUUUGUAUAAAAUAAUAUCUUUUUUAAAAGUUUAAGU